AUGAAGUAUGUGGAGAAUAGAAACAACAUGACAGAAUUUGUUCUACUGGGGCUCACAGAGAACCCAAAGAUGCAGAGAAUCAUACUUAUGUUUUUUCUCAUGUACAUUUUUUCUGAGGUAGGAAAUGUGCUCAUCUUGGUCACCAUCACCGCCAGCCCAUUAUUGGAACCUGGCCUAUCUUUCCUGGCCUAUCUCUCCUUUAUUGAUGCCUGCUAUUCCUCUGUAAGUGCCCCUAAACUGAUUGUGGAUUCACCCCGUGAGAAGAAGAACAUCCUUUUCAAUGGGUGCAUGACCCAGAUCUUUAGAGGUGCUGAUGUCACCCUGCUGACUGUGAUGGCUUAUGACCGCUAUGUGGCCAUCUGCAAGCCCUUGCACUAUACAACCAUCAUGAAUCGGCGGGUGUGUGGUCUGCUAGUGGGAGUGGUGUGGGUGGGAGCCUUUCUUCAUGCAACCAUACAGAUCCUCUUCAUCUUUUGAUUACCCUUCCGUGGCCCUAAUAUCAUAGAUCACUUCAUGUGUGACCUGAUUCCUCUACUCAAUCUUGCCUGCACUGACACCCACACUCCAGGGCUCUUUGUUGCUGCCAACAGUGGAUUUCUCUGUAUGUUAAACUUUCUCCUCUUAACAGUGUCUUGUGUGGUCAUUCUGUGCUCUCUACUUAACCAUCACUUAGAGGCGAGGAGAAAAGCCCUCUCCACCUGUGUCUCCCACAUCACAGCUGUGGUCUUAUUCUUUGUUCCCUGUAUAUUUGUGUACAUGAGACCUGGUGCUACUUUAUCAACUGAUAAAGCUGUUACUGUAUUCUACACUAUGAUAACCCCUAUGUUAAACCCCUUAAUCUAUACCUUGAGAAAUGACCAGAUGAAAGAUGCCAUUAGAAAAUGA